UACAAUUUAAGUUGUUUUAGAUUAAUUAAGUAUCUAAAGUGAUAUAAUUUAAACUAUUUUUAGCUUAUGCUACUGGAAUCUAUUUGGAUCAGUUGAAUUUUCAUGAAUGUGUUAACACUGAAAACUUUGAGAAAAACAGGACAAUUGUAAUUCAUCCUCCUCAAGGAAGUGUAUGUACUAUUAAUUUAAAUAGGUUUCUGUAAUGACUUAUCAAAUGGAUACAAUUCUUCCUUCUUCAAUUCCAUUUCAUUUAACGAGUUUAAUAGAAGAAUCUGCAAAUGGAAAAGAUUUGGAUUUGUUGUUGAAGUUGAAUUGCAAUAUUCCUGCUGACAGAGAAACUCUAAGUGUUGUUGUGCAUAUCCCCGUUCCCUCAGCAAUGAAAAGUUUUAUGCAACAGUUUAGUAUGACGGAAAACACGGCAGAAUUUGUACCUACAGAAAGAAAAUUAAUUUGGAAAAUUAAGAAAAUGUCAGGACAGUCUGAAGCAGUUGCUAGAUUUAAAUUGAUAGAAGCAUAUCAGAGUGCAGCUAGUCGACUUCAAUUAGGUCCAGUUGCAAUAGAAUUUGAAAUAUCUAAUUUUGUAUGUUCGGGACUGAAGAUACGCUUUCUUAGCGUAAACGAUCACAGACAGGCAUCCACACAAAUUCAUCGUUGGGUCCGAUAUGUAACAUUAAGUGAUUCCUAUAUUUUUAAAAUAUAAAGGAAAUAAUGUAUUUUAUUUUUAAACAUAUAAUUUAAAUACAAAUUAAUAAAUAACACCAAAGCAUAUUUUUUGCUUUGAUGUCUAAUUUAAUCAGCAUACUUGUGCUGUUAUAUUUGGAUAAAUAUUUGAUACCAUAUUGUUUGAAAAAUUAAAAGUAUUUUAAGAAAUUAUAAAAAAAAUAUUUACAUUAUUUAAAUAUUGAAUUUCAUCAUGCGCUCUAAAUCUAAUAUAAUCUAAUUUUCCAAAAUCUAAUCUAUCAUUUUGUAAAACUACAUUAUCAACCAGAGCCAGAAAUAUUUACUCACAACCGAAAAAUUUAAAUAGAUAUAAAAUAUUUUAUAUUUUUAUAAAAGCAGAUGUAUCUGUAGACGCUUUUCUAUAUUUAAAAUAAAAAUUAGAUUUUUUAAACUGCCAAGGUAUGACCCAUGAUCCCUAUCUCCCCACUCCCCUGGAGUUCCAUACUCCAAAAUUUAGUAGCAUCAAUGCCCCUUAUAUACAAGUUACCAUGCCAAAUUUAAUUUCUUAAUCUUUACUUCAUUCUGAGAUUUAAAUUAAACAGACACUAACAAUUUUUUUUUAAUCUUUUUGACUAUUUUGGGUUUGGAGUUAUUUCAUUGUUAGGAAAUUUAUACAUUUUAAUACACUGAACAUUUUGAUACGAACUCUAACUCUGUACUCUGAUGAUUAAGGUGGCAGCCUACCGCUUCAAGGGAUCUGGGAUCAAUCCAGAUGGGUCGAAACUCCCCAGGAACUUUUCCGGGGGUGUUCCAAUACAUCAGACUCUGUGACCCUCGCUAUCCAGCCACCCUAUUUGAAUCUUUGCCUAAAAAAGCUCUUAGCACUCACAGGAUGGAUAAGAAAAAAAAAUUUAGAUAAAAGGUAGAAUCAGAGUAGGAUUACAGAAAAGUGUAGUAAUUGAACUGUUCAGUUUAAUCUUUUUAUACUCGCAGCCCACCAAAUAUUUCAUAAUUAUUUUGUG